GAGCCGCUCUGCGGUUGCUGUGGCAACAGACGGCAACAAGAUGGACCCCGCGGCGGCGGAGCCAGAAAAAGAGGGGUAUAGGAGGUGCAUCGACUGCGAGGCUAAGCCCACUCUCCGAGGGAAGCGGGGUGAACAACGGAGAUACCUGAAAAUGACAAGUAAAAGACUUGAGGAAUCUAUGGGGGCUGUGCAGAGGGGGCUGGCCAAAGUGAUCACAGGACUGCAGAGCAAAGUCUUGCCUCCCAUGAGCCCAAAGGUGGUCACAGAGGAAGAAGUGAACCGGAUGCUGACACCCUCAGAGUUCCUGAAGGAGAUGUCCCUCACCACAGAGCAGAAACUGGCAAGUACUCGAAUUAUAUGCCGGCCACAGAUCAUCGAACUCUUAGAUAUGGGAGAAACAACACAUCAAAAGUAUUCUGGAGUUGACUUGGAUCAGGCCUUAUUCCAGCCGUUUCCAUCAGAAAUCAUAUUCCAGAACUAUUCUCCCUGUGAAGUCUAUGAAGUCCCGUUGGUGUUGAGAAACAAUGACAAAAUCCCAAGGAUGGUAAAAGUUGUUGAAGAAAGUUCACCUUACUUUAAAAUCAUCAGCCCCAAAGACAUCGGCCACAAGGUCGCCCCGGGAGUGCCGUCUAUAUUCCGAAUCCUCUUCACUCCAGAGGAGAACAAGGAUUACGCCCACAUGUUGACCUGUAUUACUGAAAGAGAGAAGUUUAUCGUGCCCGUCAAGGCUAGAGGUGCUCGAGCUAUUCUGGACUUUCCUGACGAGCUGAAUUUUUCCACUUCUCCUGUGAAAUACAGCACCCAGAAGGUUCUGCUGGUCCGAAACAUUGGCAACAAAGACUCCGUGUUCCACCUCAAAACUCGCAGGCCUUUCUCCAUAGAGCCAACGGACGGGAUUCUUAACGUGGGGGAGUCCAUGCAGCUGGAAGUGAACUUUGAGCCGCGGAGCGUAGGCAAUCACAAAGGAAAACUGAUCGUGACUUAUGACACCGGUGAAAUGGUAUUUGUAGGUCUCUAUGGAGCUGCCAUAGAUGUGAAUAUAAGACUGGACAAGAAUUCCGUGAUCAUGGAGAAGACCUACAUAUCUCUGGCCAACCAACGGACGAUAACCAUUCAUAAUCGCUCUAAUAUCAUUGCCCAUUUCCAGUGGAAGAUAUUUGCUACCCAAGAAGAGGAGGACAGAGAAAAAUACAGGGUCUGUGAUGAUCUGAGCAAGGAGGAAAAGCUUGAAACCGACAUGUUUCUUGAAGAGUGCAUCUUGGAUCCUUCUCUCCGAGAACGCCUUUCAAUUCUCUCUCGCACCUUCGAGAACCAGAGGAAGCUGGUUCUAGGAGACAGCAUGCUCUUUCUGAAUCACAUUUUCACCAUCGAGCCCCUGGAAGGCGAUGUCUGGCCUAACUCAUCAGCUGAAAUCACCGUGUACUUUAACCCCCUAGAGGCAAGGCUCUACCAGCAGACGGUUUACUGUGACAUUUCAGGCCGGGAGAUCCGCUUGCCCCUCCGGAUCAGAGGAGAAGGGAUGGGACCCAAGAUUCACUUCAACUUCGAAUCGCUGGACAUUGGCAAAGUUUUCGUCGGAUCUGCUCACUGUUAUGAGGCAAUCCUCUCCAACAAAGGCAGCAUCGACGCCCUCUUCAAUGUGAUCCCUCCCACUUCAGCCUUGGGGGCCUGCUUUGUUUUCAAUCCCAAAGAAGGCAUCAUUGAACCGAGUGGGGUCCAAGCUGUCCAGAUCUCCUUCAGUUCUGCCAUCCUGGGGCACUUCGAAGAGGAGUUCCUGAUCGAUGUUAACGGGUCUCCUGAGCCCGUGAAACUGACCAUUAGAGGCUGUGUCAUUGGACCUACAUUCCAUUUUAAUAUCCCUGCUCUACACUUUGGUGAUGUUUCUUAUGGAUUUCCCCAUACUUUGAUGUGUUCCCUCAAUAAUACAUCUUUGGUCCCCAUGACCUUCAAAUUGCGUGUCCGUGGAGAUGGCGAAGGCCAGCAAAGCAUCCCAAGUUACUCUCAGGAGUCAGACAUUAAAAGACGGUCGUGGAUCAAUACAGAAAUAUCCGCAACGAAACCAAAAGAAUUCACCAUCACUCCCAGCAGUGGCACCAUACGUGCCCAGGGCUUCGCUGCCAUCAAGGUGACCUUGUGCUCCAACACCGUGCAGAAAUACGAGCUGGCGCUGGUGGUAGAUGUGGAGGGUAUUGGAGAAGAAGUGCUGGCACUCUUGAUUACAGCCAGGUGUGUUGUGCCUACCCUCCAACUGGUUACCACAGAGGUGAACUUCGGGCGCUGCUUCCUGAAGUACCCGUAUGAGAAGACCAUCCAGCUUGUCAAUCGUGAUGACCUUCCCGGGUGCUAUAAGGUCCUGCCCCAGCUGUAUGAGAAUACACCAGCUGUACUGCUUUCCAGCCCCGCCCCCUGUGGGGUCAUCUCCCCCCACAGCACUGUGAACAUACCACUAUCCUUGGAGACCCAGGUCACCGGUGAACACAGAUCCACAGUUUACAUCUCGGUCUUCGGGAGCCAAGACACCCCUCUGGCAUGUCAUAUACAGAGUAUUGGAGAAGGCCCGGUUAUCUUCAUUCAUCCCACGCAAGUUGAUUUUGGCAAUAUCUACGUCCUGAAGGAUACUUCAAGAAUUCUCCAGCUAUCUAACCAGUCCUUUAUCCCCGCAUUAUUUCGUGCGCGCAUGGCAAAGAAAAAAUCCCUUUGGACGGUCAAACCCAGCAAGGGCAUGGUUCCUGCAGAAGAUGACUUCCCACUGACCCUGACUGCCAACCUGGACGACAUAGUGACAUUCAAAGACACCGUCAUUCUGGAGGUGGAGCACAGCAACACCUAUCGGAUCCCUAUCCAGGCCACAGGGAUUGGUUCCACCAUCGUGUCCGACAAGCCCUUUGCUCCAGAACUCAACCUGGGAGCACAUUUUAGCCUGGAUACCCACUACUACCGCUUCAAGCUGACUAACAAAGGACGACGGGUCCAGCAACUGUUCUGGAUGAAUGAUGACUUCCACCCCGAGGGAAAGCAAAGUAAGAAGGAACUGGUGAAGAAGGGACCUACUGGUAGCCGUCGCCAGUCCCAGGUCUCCCAGGAAACCAUGGAUACAGGGAGCCCUGUGUUUCAACUUCAUCCCGUCAGGAUGGAGUUGUACCCAGGCCAGACAAUUGAUGUGAUCCUUGAAGGCUAUUCUGCCAUUCCCAGGAGAGUCAAAGAAAAGCUGGUGUGCCAUGCCAUCGUCGGAGCCCAGAAGGGAAAAAGCUUGCUGAUGUCCGUGAACAUCAUCUGUGAAUUCAUAGCACCUCUCAUCCAGCUCUCCACCAGGCAGCUCAUCUAUCGACUGGAAAAGAAGCCCAAUACCAUCCUGGAACCUGAUUACCAGUCCUUGACUAUAAAGAACAUCACCACCCUGCCUGUGAACAUGCUGCUUACAACAACUGGACCCUUCUUCAUGUGUGAGAAUGAUAAAUCCCUGCUGCCUGCAACUCCUAAGCCUAUAAAACUGGAAGUCAAUGAGGAGAAAAGCCUGCUGGUCAAGUUUGACCCCUCCUACAGAAAUGACCUGAACAACUGGGUGGCAGAGGAGAUGCUGUCCAUUAAGUAUAUAGAGCACCCUCAGGUGGACAACCUGAGCUUGCGUGGAGAAGUGCAUUACCCCAACCUCAGCUUCGAGAUGAUGGAGGUGGAUUUCGGCUGCAUCCUGAAUGAUACCGAGGUCAUUCGCUACAUCAACAUCACCAACUGCAGCCCCUUGGUUGUCAAAUUCCAUUGGUUCUUCCUGGUGGACGAAGAUGAAAAUCAGAUAAGGUUUGCACCCUGUAUCAAGCCCUACAGUGCUAUGAUGUCCCAGAUGGAGUCCAUCCCAGCAACCUCAAUUAGCGCCAGCUCGCCAGCAGCCCCGGUGAUGGUAGAGUCCACUGAGGUGGACUUCAGUGAUUCUAUUAAGACUAUCCUUAUGGAUGAUGAAGCUGGACCUGAAGAAAGAGAAAUCAAAAAGCCCACAGCAUCCACCAUGAUCUCAGAAGCAAUAAAAUACAGCUCAGCAGGAACAGAAAGAAGCCAGAGCCAGGUGGACUACCCAGAAUCCCUGUGGAUCUUUGAACAGGAGGAAAUGCUUUCCAUCGGAAUAGAAGAAGUGUUUGACAUUCUGCCCCUCUACGGAGUUCUGCGGCCAUAUAGCAGCCAUCAGAUAUCAUUUACCUUCUAUGGACACUGUGACAUCAUUGCGCGGGCCAAAGCUCUUUGUGAAGUGGAAGGAGGGCCCACCUAUGAAAUAAUACUGAAGGGAGAGGCUUCCCUGGUCAGCUACUCCUUUGACACUAAGGACAUUAACUAUGGAUUACAGCUGUUCGACCAUGUCACGGAACGAGAAAUCACACUGAAAAACAUUGGGAAAGUUGGCUUUGAGUUCAAGGUUCUGAACAGCAACCGGUCUUCACCAAAGAACCUGCUCCCUGGAGUACCACUAAUCCUGCCUCUGUCGGUGAGUCACACUGAGGGCUCACACCGAGCAGACGAGCCACACCCAGGCCGGGGAGCACUGCUGUCAGUACUACAGGGUUUUAUCCGCUCAAACAAGGAGCAAGUGUUGAAAGUUUACUACUUGCCUGGAAUACCUGAAGUCUUUCAGAGAAGCUUCCAGAUACAGAUUGCCCACCUGGACCCAGAAAAUAUCACUCUGUACGGAGAGGGCAUCUUUCCCCGGAUCAGCCUUGAUCUGCACAGGAACCUCCGAGGCAAUGAAAAGUAUGAAUGCUUCUUGGAGCAAGCAAAGAAAAACAUGGAGAAAGAGUACAAUAAAUAUGAUUCUCUAAAUCACUAUGAGAUGAUAACUGACGAAAUCCCUGAGGAGGAGACCUCAGAGAUAAGUGCUCAUCUCCAGAUGGAAGUAGAGCGGCUCAUAGUUCAAGACUAUGCCCUGGAACACCAGAAAGCAAUCUCCUCCAGUACCACGGAAGACACCUACUUCAGCCUUCGGAGUCGCCGCAAAAUAGCCAAAGUCCAGCUGCCAGAGUACAUCCUGGACUUUGGCUACAUUGUGCUUGGUGAUGUCCGAACCCACAUCAUCAAGAUCACCAACACCAGUCACUUUCCGGUGUCCUUCCACGCAGAGAAGCAUGUCCUUCACGACACAGGCUUCAGCACUGAGCUAGACCGUGUAAAGAAUCUGCCCUACUGUGAGACAGAAACGUUUGAAGUGAGAUGUGACCCACAAGGGGCUAAUCUUUCUAUGGGGAAUAAAGAAGUCAUUCUUCCCAUCAAGGUGUAUGGAGGGCCAACUAUUCACCUCUGCCUCCAAGCCACUGUGACCAUUCCAAGUAUGACCCUGUCUUGCCACAAAGUAGAAUUUUCUACAAUUCAGUGUGGACAGUGUAUGGUGGAAACCAUCCAGCUCUCCAACACUCUCCAAGUUCCUUGUGAAUGGUUUGUCCACACCCCACAGCCUACUAACAAGAUGGAUAAGCACAUGCCAAAGUAUUUAAGACGGAAACUACGGGCGGAGAUGAUUCCAAAGUCUCGUAUCUUUGAGAUCCAACCCACUUCUGGAGUCUUGGAUCCUGGCGAGAGGGCCAAUGUGCAAGUGAAAUUCAUGCCCAAAGAAGAGAAGUUGUACAGCCAAUCGCUGCUGUUCCAUAUUGGCCAGAGCACUCAGAGACUCGUGCUUCUGGCACAAGGCCAAGGUCUGGAGCCACGCCUGGAAUUCAGCCCUUCCGUUCUGGAGCUGGGGCCCCUCCUACCUUAUGCAUCAGGGGAUGAGGCUGAGGUGAUUGUGAGGAACCCCUGCAACUUCCCCAUUGAGUUUUACUCCCUAGAAUUUGACCAGCAGUAUCUCUUAGAAGAGAAGAUCUUGCGGCAGCUGAAGGGCUAUGAUUCCUACAACACCCUGCUGCUGCCUCCCCGGAACCCAGGGGAGAAGCUUCCCCAGGAGAUCUACGAUUACUUCAGGGAAGUGAAGAAAUCAAAAGAAGAGCAGAUGAAGGCGAAAUAUCUGGAGAAUCUGCCACAGGACAACGACGAGGAAGAGAUGCCAUCAGACCAGGGAACCUCCGCCAGCACAAAGAGGACGUCACUUAGCCGAGGGAUCUCUGCCACAUCCAACAUGGAAGAACGGCAUAUUGUGGCUGAAUCCAAAAGCUUCCCAGAUGAGGACGAGGAUGAAGAAAGCCUGGAAAAACUGACCUUCCAAACUGACAAGAUCCAGAGCACAGACAGCCACUCUGCGGAGGAGGUUGGCGAGGUGGAGAGCAACCCAGUAAGCAAGGCAAUUGCACGCCACCUAGGCAUCGACAUUUCUGCAGAAGGCCGCCUGGCCAAGAACCGGAAGGGCAUCGCCAUUAUCAUCCAUGGGACACCCUUGUCAGGAAAGACAGCCAACGCCAUCAGCAUGGCCAGGUACUACAAUGCAGCCUGCUUGAACAUCGACUCCAUUGUCCUGGAAGCCAUGUCGGACAGUAACAACAUCUCAGGGAUUCGGGCCCGGGAGCUGUGCAUCAGAGCUGCCAUAGAGCAGUCUAUGAGGGAAGCAGAGGAGUCAGCUCAGGAGUCUUCAAUGCUCCAAAAUAUUUCAGCACCAGUACGACUAAGCACUGAGAACCUGGGCAAGUUUACCUCGGAACACACUCUCGGGUCCCAGGAAUUUAAACCUCCAAAGAGUGUUCGAGGGAGCAUGAUGGUUCCCAAAGGCAAAGCAGAUAGCCACUGGUCUGGGUCUCAGAAGCAGCAUCAUCCGCACCAAGCCGAAACACCACAGAUUCCCUCUAGCCCUCUCCUCAUGGGGCCCACUCAGCGGCGGCUCAGUGUCAGCGCCAGUAUCGGAGGUGAGACCGGGCUGAUGAGCUGUGUGCUCCCAGAGGAUCUCCUCGUUCAGAUCCUGGCUGAACGGAUACAGCUGAGUGACUGCUUCAGAGGCGUGGUGUUCGACAGCCUGGAGACGCUCUUUGCUCGGAGUGCAUCCUCCGCCCUCCUCUGCCUGCUAAAGGCCAUUGGCAGCCGGGAGCACAUAUAUGUCCUCAACAUGGCUCAGGACUAUGCGGCCAUGAAAGCCCAGGAGAAGGCCAAAAAGGAGCUAGAAGAGCGCAAACACAAGGAGGCUGCUGCGAAGGAGAAGGAACGUCUCCGAACGUUAGAUGAGGAAGAAUAUGAUGCCCUGACACCGGAAGAGAAAAUCAUGUUCGACCGUGAGGUUCGGCAGGCACUCCGGGAGAGAAAGAAGAAGGAGCUGGAAAGGCUGGCCAAGGAGAUGCACGAGAAGAAGCUGCAGCAGGAGCUGGAGCGACAGAAGGAAGAGGAUGAGCUGAAGCGAAGGAUCAAAAAGCCUAAACAGGGCCCCGCGAAGGAGGAGCCACCCCUAAAGAAGUCACAAGCUGCCACAAACAAGCCGGUUCUUGCUGCUGCCAAGUUUGAAAUGAAGAUGGAAUCGAUAGAGAGGAAAAUUUCUGUCAGAGAUCAACCAACAAUUGAAGAGUCCUCCAGGAGAAAGAAACACACUGACUAUGGCUUUGGAUUUCCUAUUACCCAGGAACAAGAGGACAGUGAGAAAGACUUCCUGAAGGAUACCGACAAGAUGCUGGCACAAAGGUUUAAAGUCUACGACCUGUGUCUGAAGGAUAUCCAAAACAUCCUCACAUACUGGGACCGCAAGCAAGGGCUCCAGAUGCCUCACGCAGGCAUGGAAGAGGUGCCCCAUGAGCCUGAUGACCAGCGCCAGGCUCCAUCAGGUGGUGGUGGGCGCCGGGGCCGCAAAGACCGGGAAAGGGAGCGCUUGGAAAAGGAAAGGGCGGAGAAGGAACGCCUGGAGAGGGAGAAGGCAGAGAGGGAGCGCCUGGAGAAGCUGCGAGCGUUGGAGGAACGAAGUGACGAAGUGGAAGGGGAAGUGGAAGAGGAACAUGAGGGGAAGAAGGACCUGGGGGUGCCCUUUAUCAGCAUCCACACUCCCGACUUUGAAGGCACAAGCUGGAAGCAAGCCCUGGAGAGCGACAAGCUUCCCAAAGGAGAUCAGAUCCUAGACAUCCUAGGCCUGGGGUCCUCUGGACCACCCAUCCCACCUCCUGCCUUGUUCUCCAUCCUCUCUUACCCACCGAAGAGGCAGUCUUUGGUGGCCACUGAGGUCCUGAAGCACUUUGUGUUUGUGAUCCCACCAAUUGAUGACCCCACCCUGCUGGACGAGAAAAAAGAAUUGGAAGGGGACUCUGACCUCUUCCUCAAUGCCAUGGUAGCCAAGGCCCAAGAGGAACAGACCUCUUUGUCUAAGGGGAGCAAGCAGAAACUGAAAGAAAAACCAGAACAACCUCAGAAGGAAACUCAGAAGGAAAAACGUCGACCAAACUACAACAGGAAAGGCCUCUCUGCGGGAACAUCGGGGACCAUUGCCCCGAUGUCUGACAUAGACCAGAACAGCUUCGAUGGGGAACACUCUCAGGAGAAGUUCACCAGGCUGAAUCACUUCCGGUGGAUUGUGCCUCCCAAUGGAGAGGUGGCCUUGAGGGUGCACUUCUCCUCCAUUGAGCUUGGCAACUAUGACCAAACAUUUAAUUUCGAGAUCCUUGGGACCCGCCGCCAGUACCAGCUCUAUUGCCGUGGGGUCUGCACCUACCCGUACAUCUGCAAAGACCCAAAGGUUGUGUUCCCUCAGAGGAAGAAAGACAUGAAGUUAAAUGAAGUCAUCUUUAAGAAGUACAUAAUGAGUCUGGAGAAAUUUUACUUUGGGCCACUGCUUUGUGGAAAGUCAAGAGACAAGUAUAAGUCAUCCUUGUUCCCUGGCAACAUGGAGACCCUGACAAUCCUCAAUGAUUCUCCAAUGGUGGUGGAGGCAUACUUCUGUUUCCAGAAUGAUGUGAAAGCAAGCACCUACUUUCUAGAGCCUGUCAACAUGAUUCUGAAACCCAACGAAAAGCAGACACUAAAUGUAUGGGCCUACCCUACUGCAGUCGGUGUCUUUGAAGACAGCAUUGUCUGCUGCAUCAAGGAGAACCCAGAGCCAGCUAUCUUUAAGUUACACUGUCAAGGAAUCCGUCCAGAAAUUGAGGUGGAGCCCAGGCAAAUACAUUUUGACCGGCUCUUGCUUCACAGAAGAGAAUCCAAGACAGUGGUUCUCCGCAAUGUCACACCCCUAAUUGUGGCCUGGCGGAUCACCAGCAUGGAGCACCUAGGUGAUGACUUCACUGUGUCCGUGAUGCAGGCCAGCAUCCCACCCAAGGGAGAGUUUGGGGUGCAGGUGCACUUCCAGCCCACCAAACCAGUCAACAUCAAGAAGGCCAUUCGGAUUGAGGUUUUGGAUGCAGACAAUCUUGUUGGUGUUGUUCAGAUCGAAAACAUCUUGGUCUUUGCAGAAUCCUACGAUAUUGCUUUGGACAUCACCUUCCCCAAAGGAGCUGAAGGAGGUCUGGAUUUUGGGACUAUGAGGGUCAUGGAGGAGGCCAAGCAGCCCCUUCAACUGAAGAACCGUGGGAAAUAUGAGAUCGUUUUCAGCUUCUCUGUGGACUCCUUAGGGAUUUUGCCAACAAAUUUAAACUCCAUGAUCUCAGUCCAACCCAAAAGGGGUUCACUGACCUCAGCAGAUAAGCCCACGACCAUCCAGGUGUACUUCCGUGCCAAAAAGGAAGUGAAGAUUGAAGGCCAGCCUGUUCUGCGCUGCCAGAUUAUUGAGCCCAAUCUCCCAGAAAGUGAAAUCAUUGCCAGCAUCCCAAUUAAGUUUUCUGUGAAUGCAGUAUACUCCAAAUUCAUCAUCAGCCCCUCCUCUGUCAUCAACUUUGGGGCUUUGAUCUGCGGUACCAGGAAAACUACCACCUUCACCAUAGAAAACCAAGGCAUAAUCGACUUCAGAUAUGCCCUCUACAGGCUGACAGGGGAGAGUCCGAUUCAUCAAAAGAAGGCAACCAGCCACGUAAGGCACGCAAGAACCCGAGAGAGUGAGAGCUUCUUCAAGCCUGGAGCUACUAAAGCAACCAAGUUCUCAGACAUAGUCCAGAAAGACAUGAACAUAGCAAACCAGGCCCGCUUCUCCCAUGGCAUGUUCACUGUAUACCCAGGAUUUGGCUCUAUCCCUUCCGGAGGACAGCAGGUCAUCACUGUGGAGUGUGUGGCUGACCCUGUGGGGAGGUGUGAAGAGUUUCUGGCCAUCGAUAUCUCUGACCGAGACACUAGAGAAAAUCCUGCUGGCAUUCCUUACACUCUCCUUGCUGAAGCAUGUCUGCCAGCAUUUGUGACUGACAACAACGUCUCAAUAUUUGAGGAACACCAGAUCUGUACCAGCCCCAACCUGUACCACAUCCUACAGACCAUACAGGGUGGAGGGCUGUUUGUGGAGGAUGAAAAUAAGUUCAUCUUCUGCAAUGUGCUGGUGGGUCAUCAGGCCAAGGCUCGGUUCAAGAUCAGCAAUGUGGGAAAGAUUGCCUGUGAUAUCAACAUUGUAGUCAAGCCUAUCUCCAACAAGGCAGCCGCCCGCAUCGCUGACAUCUUUGACGUGGAACCCAACAAGAUGUGCAUUGGGAGUCGCUCCCAUGCCUUUGCCACCGUGCUGUUCACGCCGCAGGCCAUGCAGACCUACCAGUGCAUCUUCGAGGCUACUUUGGAUGGCUUGCCCAGCAACCUGGCCCGGAGCCGAGGUCUUGUGUUUGACAUCGUUGGUGAGGGGACCCUCCCUCGAGUGACUGUCGUUCGACCAACUCUAUAUAACCAACACGGAAACCCCCUGCUCCUGUUCAAGAGGCUUCUGCUGGGUCACUCAGAGAAACUGCCUCUCAUCCUUAAGAACAACGGCACCAUCCCUGCCCAGUUGCAUGUGGACCUGCGGGACCAACUGGGAGUCUUCUCUCUGAAAGGGAGACCCACCACCUCCUACAUCUACAUCAUGGAGGAAAACAAACCAAAUGAAAAAGUCAAAAAGGCCCACACAGCCUCCCUGGUUGUUUCUCCUGGAGACACAGCUGAAUUCGAUGUCUUUUUCCACUCCAAGAAGCUUGGGAGGAUGACAGGCACCAUCCACCUGUCCGUGAUCAACAACCAGUAUGAGGAGACCAUGAUCCACCUGGUGGGGGAGAGCUACGAGGAUGACAUCACCUUGGACAACAUCCAUGGGCUGAUAGGUUCCACCAGCCAGGAGGGCUCAACUAUGUCUGAGGUCAUAGAGAUUGCCGAGGAAACAUCCAUGGAGGACCUGGUGGCAGCUGCCCUGUUGGACCACAUCCAGUUUGGGUACUGCCACAUUGGAAACAACUACACCGUGAGCUUCACCAUCACCAACCACAGCCAAGUGAAUGUGGUUCGGUUCGAGUGGCCCCUUUUAGCUACGCUGUCUUUCUCCCCACAGGUAGGCCAUCUCCACCCCGGCUGUUCCAAGGACGUGGUGGUGACUCUGAAGUCAGAUGUGCCCAUCAGCCUGAAGAAGAUGGAUGUCAAGUGCACGCUGUCCAAGAUCGUGUUCCAACUCCCUGCAGACCAGGUCCCUGACUGGGAUGACCGAAUGCGCACAGUCAAAUGGGUGGAUGCUCCCCGGAAUACACCUGGGAACUUGACUACAAAACGAAAAGUGAUAGAGACAGACCCUGAGCCAGCCCACUCAAUACUAGAAGAAAAUUACCGAGAGCUGCGGAUCCGGAUCAGUGCCAACGUGGAUUUUGCUUCAUAUCAGUGCAACACAAGUGAUGUGUUCUUUAAGGAAACACUGGUUUACCAGACUCGAGUGUUUGAGUUUGACCUCGUUAACACAGGACAUGUGCUGUUAGAAUUCAACUGGAUCUCGGAAGAUACCUCCAGGGCAGUCAGUUUUGCCAUGCCAGAAAAUCAAGGUUCCAGCCAGAAAGAUCAGCUUAGUCAGGGCACAGGCAGCACCCUGGACAGCGCCUUGGACCACUGGACGGACCAAUGUCCCUCGCCCUUCUCAGUGGAACCCUCCUCAGGCUUUGUGCCCGUAGGGAAGACUCAGAAGCUCAAAGUGAAGUUCUCCCCGAUGGACAUUGGGGAGUUUGAGAGCACCCUGUACUGCCAAAUUCCUAACCUGCCAUCAGGAGAGCAAGGCCCUAUGCUGGUAACAAAAGGGCGAAGCAUCCUGCCAUUCUGCCAUUUUGACCUGAAGGACUCAGACUACAUCAGCGGUCAUCGGCGCAACCCAGAGCUCCGAGGACCAAGUGUUGGGGCUCUAGACCCAAACACCCGGGUGAUCGAGUUCACCAGUGUGGGUAUAGGAGGAAAGAAUCUCCGGACCUUUACCAUCCUGAACCCGACCAACAGCACCUACUCUUUCUGCUGGACCUCUGAAGAAACGGAAAGUCUCCAGCACCCGCCAGCCUUUGUGUGCCUUACAGAAAAGGGUGUCAUCCACCCUGAAAAGAAAGCCGAGGUUAUGUUCCAGUUCCUGCCUGCUCACCUGGACAUCACAGAGGCACUCUGGACGUUCUCUAUCCCAGAGCAUAAUAUCUCGGUCCCCUUCCUGCUGGUGGGCAAAACCACAGACCCCCUCAUAUCUCUUGACAAGUCACAUCUCAACUUCAGCUCUCUCCUCAUUGGCAGAGAAGUCCGAGAGACUGUGAAGAUCAUCAACAAGGAGGAGCAUGGGUUCAAUUUUGCCUUCCAGGAUAACUCUCGUUUUUCUGAAGGAUUCAACAACAGCCUGGUUGUGUGUCCCAUGGAAGGCUGGAUCCCACCACUGUCCAGUUUCCCAAUUGAUAUUUUCUUCACACCAAAGCAAGAAGGAGAUGUGAACUUUAAUUUGAUCUGUAAUGUAAAAAGGAAAGCCCACCCUCUGACACUAAAUGUCAAGGCCGAGGGCUACACAAUGAACGCAGAAGUCAAGUGCAGAGACAGGACAGGCUCCACCACCCUCUUGAUGUCCAACCAGAUCAACACCAUCAACUUCUAUGAGGUAGAGUUAAAUGAAUGUGUGCAGUGUGAAUUCAACUUCAUCAACACUGGCAAGUUCAACUUCAGCUACCAGGCAGAGCUCUCUGGGCCAAAAGCCCUGUUGCAGUACUUGGACUUCACGCCCACCGACAAUAGCGUAGAUGUGGGGCAGUCAGAACCUGCCAACCUGUCUUUCCAACCAUAUCAAAAGUGUGUCUUGAAGGGCCUGGAGCUCAGAAUCAAGAUCAGCCACGGCCCAACAUUCAUAUGCAACAUCUUAGGCUGUGCUGUGAGCCCAGCUGUCCAUUUCUCCUUCACCAGCCACAACUUUGGGACUUGCUUCAUCUACCAAGCUGGGAUGCCGCCAUACAAACAAACCCUCGUUGUCACCAACAAAGAAGAAACCUCUAUGAGCCUAGAUUGUUUAUACACCAACACCACACAUGUUGAGGUGAACUUCAACGUGGACGUGAUAAAGCCAGGGAAGACACUGGAGAUCCCAAUUACCUUUUACCCUCGGGAAGCGAUCAGCUACCGAGAGCUCAUCCCCUUUGAAAUCAAUGGGCUCUCUCAGCAGACAGUGGAGAUCAGAGGGAAAGGUACAGAAAUGAAGAUCUUGGUUCUAGAUCCAGCCAACAGGAUCGUGAAGUUAGGAGCUGUCCUGCCAGGACAGGUUGUAAAGAAAACUGUUUCCAUCAUGAACAACAGCCUUGCGCAGCUCACCUUUAACCAGUCUGUCAUGUUCUCCAUUCCAGAACUCCAGGAAGCCAAGGUCAUCACCUUGGAACCCUUCCACAAUAUCACCCUGAAGCCCAAGGAAAUCUGCAAGCUAGAGAUUACCUUUGCCCCCAAGAAGCGCAUCCCUCUUUUCUCUGAGGAGGUGUUCAUGGAAUGGAUGGGACUACUGCGUCCCCUCUUUCUCCUUAGCGGCUGCUGUCAGGCCCUAGAGAUUUCCCUGGACCAGGACCAUCUUCCCUUUGGUCCUGUUGUGUACCAGACACAAGCCACAAAGCGCAUCCUCAUGAUGAACACAGGCGAUGUGGGUGCAAGGUUUAAAUGGGAUGUCAAGAAAUUCAAGCCUCACUUCACCAUCAGCCCUGAAGAAGGCUACAUCACCUCAGGCAUGGAGGUUGCUUUAGAAGUAACCUACCAUCCCACGGAGAUAGGAAAGGAGAGUCUCUAUAAAAACAUUCUCUGCUUCAUCCAAGGAGGAAAUCCUCUGUGCCUCACCCUCUCCGGGAUCUGCGUGGGACCACCUGCCGUAAAAGAGGUGGUGAACUUCAACUGCCAAGUGCGCUCCAGGCACACACAGACCAUCCUGCUCUCCAACCGUACCAACCAGACCUGGAAUCUGCACCCCAUCUUUGAGGGCGAGCACUGGGAAGGGCCCGAGUUCAUCACCCUGGAGGCCCAUCAGCAAAACAAGCCCUAUGAGAUCACCUACAAGCCUCGCACCAUGAAUCUGGAGAACCGCAAGCACCAGGGCACUCUCUUUUUCCCCCUCCCGGAUGGGACUGGCUGGCUGUAUGCCCUGCACGGAACUGCUGAACUCCCCAAAGCUGUUGCCAAUAUCUACCGCGAAGUUCCGUGUAAGACUCCCUAUACUGAGCUCUUGCCAAUCAGCAACUGGCUGAACAAGCCCCAGAGAUUCCGGGUCAUCGUGGAAAUGAUAAAACCAGAGAGGCCAGACCUAAGCGUCACUAUGAAGGGUCUUGAUUACAUUGAUGUACUAUCUGGCUCCAAGAAAGACUACAAGCUCAACUUCUUUUCCCACAAGGAGGGACUCUACACUGCAAAGGUGAUCUUCCGGAACGAGGUGACCAGUGAGUUCUUGUACUACACUGUGAGUUUCAGGGUCAUCCCUUCUGGCAUUAUAAAAACCAUCCAGAUGACAACCUCGGUCCGCCAGAAUGCAUCAGCCUCCAUCAAGUUGGAGAAUCCCCUGCCCUAUUCUGUGACCUUCUCUACAGAGUGCAAGUUGAAUGACAUCAGCCUACCUUCCCAGUUCGCUGUGCCUGCAAACUCUGAGGGAACAUUCUCGUUUGAAUUCCAGCCCCUAAAAGCUGGAGAAACCUUUGGAAGACUGAACCUGCACAACAGUGACUUGGGUUACUACCAGUAUGAGCUCGUUCUGAAGGCCUUGCCUGCACCUCCUGAGAAACCUGUCCACUUCCAGACCGUUCUUGGCAGCAACCAAAGCAUGUUGGCAAAGUUCACCAAUUAUACCCGGCAGAAGACAGAGUACUACUGCAGGACGGACUGUCCUGACUUCCACACGGAAAGAAUCAUUAACGCAGCCCCAGGAGCCCAGGGUGGCACCGAGGUCAGCGUGGAAGUCUUCUUUGAGCCCAACCACCUGGGUGAGACCAAAGGCAUCCUAAGCCUGUCAUCACUCAUAGGUGGUGAAUACAUCAUCCCACUCUUUGGAAUUGCUCUGCCCCCCAAGCCCCAAGGCCCCUUCCUAAUCAGAGCCGGAUACAACAUCAUCAUCCCCUUCAAAAACGUCUUCCUGCAUACAGUGAACUUCUCCUUCAUUGUGGAGAACCCAGCCUUCACCAUCCGGGCUGUAGAAUCUGUACGGCCCAAGAAGAUCAACAACAUCACAGUCUUCUUUGAGGGGAACCCAUCAGGCAGUAAAACCCCUAUCACCUCCAAGCUGAUUGUCACCUGCCCUCAGUGUGAAGGCGCCGAAUCUGGAAUCAAAUGGGUUUAUUAUCUGAAGGGGAUCACCCCAUAAGUCACAGCUUCAUCAACCAAUGCCAUCUUCUCUGCCCACAAACCAUGUGCUGUGCACCAUCCUAACAAAGAAUAGAGAAGAAACGGGAAUUUUCCAAGGACUUUCUUAUGUGUGUUCAAUUAUAGAGGAAGCUAUUUCUAUAUUAUGUUUUACAAAUACAGAUAUGAAAUUUAUGUUCCACAUUAAAAUUUUUAAUGACACACAACAGAUCUACAUUCAGGCUAAA